CGGUAAAUAUUAAUGAUAAAAAUUUGUCAAUUAAACCUUGAAAAUAACCAUAUAAAUAUAGCGACCUUAGUACAAUAAUUUCAUCUAAUUAGCAUAUUCAAAUUAAUAUACUAAUCAGCAUAAUGUUUGGAAAGUCUAUUGCUAUCCUAUUUGCGGUGAUGCUUGUCAUCAGCAUUGUUGCCGUCGACAACGUGGCAGCUGGUGGUGGUGGCCAUGGAUCAGGUGGUAGUUCCGGUAGUUCCGGUAGUGCCAGUUCUGGCAAACAUGGCGGCUCCCGGGGCGGUGCAGCUGCUGGUGGUUCCGUUUUCGUCGACAACGUGGUAGCCGGUGGUGUUAGCGGUACCCGGGGUGAUAACGGCGGAAAUGGCGGUAAUGGAGUUGUAGUUUCAGCCAAUGGUGUGGUUAGUGGUGGCUCCCGGGGUUGUAGGGGCAGUAUUUUCAGGGGAAGCGAACAUUAG